AUGAAUUUUAUCAGAAUAUGUUCACUGGUUUUGAAGUGUAGCAUGUGGAAUUACUUGAAGCUUACAUUUCUUCUCUUAUUCCCAGCGUCUUCGAUGCUCCCUGUUCUUCUGUUGCUUCUCUUGUCAUAUGUAUUCCAAGCGGCAUCAGUUAGAGCAUUCAAUAAUAGGACUGAUGUGGAUUCCUUGCUGGUGUUCAAGGCAAGCAUAAGCAACCAGCACGGUGUCCUAGCUGCAUGGAACACAAGUACAGACUUCUGCCAGUGGCCAGGCAUCGGUUGCAGCCUUAAGCAUAAGCACAGGGUCACAGUGCUUAACCUCUCUUCGGAGGUCCUUGGUGGCACGAUCGCACCUUCCAUUGGGAACCUCUCCUUCUUGAGAAUUCUAGAUCUCAGGCGGAACAAUCUGCAAGGUGAAAUACCUUCAUCCUUUGGUCGCCUGUCUCGCCUACGAUAUCUUAAUUUAUCCAACAACUCACUUCAUGGUGAUGUAAAUGAUAAAUUGAAGAAUUGCACCAGCCUUGAAAGAAUGCACAUUGGUUCAAACCGUUUGGCUGGAGAAAUCCCUGCUUGGCUCGGAGACUUGUUAAGUCUCAAAGUCAUAGACCUAGGCAGUAACAACUUCACUGGAAUCAUCCCGUCGUCACUUACCAAUCUCUCAGCAGUGCAAGCAAUCUAUUUCAACACAAACCAACUUGAGGGUGUCAUCCCUGAGGGCCUUGGCAGGCUUGGUGGCCUUGCCUACAUAGACUUGGGAGAAAAUCGCCUCUCAGGCACCAUCCCUACAGCUCUCUUGAACCAUUCCUCUCUAAUAGGCUUGGGUGUGGGAGCAAAUGAUUUGUGCGGUAAACUUCCCCCGGACUUUGGGGAUCAGCUCCCAAAUCUUGAGUACCUACUCCUUGGUGUUAACCACUUUACAGGAAACCUUCCAGCUUCUCUUGUCAACUCAACUAAGAUAUAUGAGCUAGAUGUCUCCUUCAACAACUUCACCGGAAUAUUGCCUCCAGAGAUUGGAAUGCUCUGCCCAGAACAACUCACUCUCGGAGCAAAUCAGUUCAUGGCAAAUACUGUGCAGGACUGGGAGUUCUUGACAUUGUUGACAAACUGCACGCGCCUCCGUACAUUUAGCCUCCAGCUCAACAUGCUAGGUGGCAUGCUGCCUAUUUCAGUUGCCAACCUAUCAGCACAACUCGAAUUGCUAUAUGUUGGAGCCAAUGAGAUUUCUGGAAAAAUACCAUUUGGCAUAGGCAAUCUUGUUGGAUUAACUCAAUUGCAGCUAGCUAAUAACCAAUUUACUGGUUCCUUGCCUGACACCAUAGGGAGGCUAAAUUCGCUACAAACCCUGGAGUUGCAAAAUAACCUAGUGACAGGGUUCAUGCCAUCGUCUCUUGGGAACUUGACACAACUACUAAAUCUGUACACACACAACAACAUGUUUGAGGGGCCUCUUCCAACAAGCCUCGGGAGCCUACAAGAGAUAAUUUCAGCAACCUUCUCAAACAAUAAGUUCACAGGUCCAUUGCCUAAAGACAUCUUUAACCUAUCGUCACUGUCAGACGCCCUGGAUUUGUCUAGGAAUUACUUUGUUGGUUCCCUUCCACCAGAAGUAAGCGGCUUGACAAACCUUGCACACUUAUACUUAUCACGGAACAACUUGUCAGGGCCCCUACCUAAUACACUCAGCAACUGUCAAAGCUUGAUAGAACUUGGGCUGGACGAUAACUCCUUUGAUAGCAGCAUUCCCUCAUCUAUCAGCAACAUGCGAGGUCUGAUGUUGCUAAAUCUUACAAAGAACAUGCUUUCAGGUGUUAUUCCUAAAGAUCUAGGGCUAAUGAGUGGCCUUCAAGAGUUAUACCUAGCAUGCAACAACUUGUCUGGUCAUAUCCCAGAAAGCUUGGAAAACAUGGCAUCAUUGUACCAGUUAGACCUAUCAUUCAACCAUUUGGAUGGCAAAGUUCCAUCAUGGGGAGUGUUCAGUAAUGCAUCUGGGUUUUCGUUUGGUGGGAAUUUGGGGCUUUGUGGUGGUCUACCAGAUUUACAUUUGCCCCCAUGCCAGCCGGAAUCCGUGGGACAUGGCUUGAGCAAACGCCAUUUGACUAUGAUCCUAGUUACCGCAAUUGCUGGCAUAAUUCUUGCUUUGAGUUUGGUGCUUGUUUUCUUCACAAUGAGAAAGAUAUCAAAAGCUCGGUCUACAACCAUAGGAGGAUUCCAGUUGAUGGUUGACAGUUAUCCCAGAGUUACUUAUGCUGAAUUGGUCCAAGGAACAAGUGGCUUUGCAGUAGACCACUUGAUUGGCAGAGGAAGGUAUGGAUCGGUGUAUAAGUGUUGUUUACUACUAAGAAAUAUGAUGACCACAGUAGCUGUAAAGGUUUUUGAUCUUCAACAGUCUGGCUCUUCCAGAAGCUUUUUAGCUGAGUGCGAGGCACUUAGUAAAAUCCGCCAUCGUAAUUUGGUCAGUCUCAUAACUUGUUGUUCAAGCACUGACUCGAACCAAAACGACUUCAAAUCCAUUGUGUUCGAGUUCAUGCCUAAUGGGAGCCUGGAUAGGUGGUUACACAUGGAUGUACAUGUAUCACAUCAACUUCAAGGCUUGACAUUGAUGCAGAGACUAAAUAUUGCAGUUGAUAUUGCUGAUGCACUAGAUUAUUUGCACAACAACUGUGAUCCACCAAUAGUUCACUGUGACUUGAAGCCAGGCAACAUUCUUCUUAAUGAGGAUUUAGUUGCUCAUGUUGGGGACUUUGGCCUUGCAAAGAUUCUUUCUGAACCAGCAGCUGACCAACUGAACAAUUCAAAGAGCACAGUUGGAAUAAGAGGAACAAUUGGAUACGUCGCUCCAGAAUAUGGCGAAGGUGGCCAAGUUUCUUCAUGUGGAGAUGUGUACAGCCUCGGAACUGUCAUCCUCGAGUUGUUUACAGGCAUGGCACCUACUCAUGACAUGUUCAGAGAUGGGUUGACCCUGCAGAAACAUGCCCAGAAUGCUUUUCCAGAGAUGCUAAUGCAGAUUGCUGAUCCAGUCCUACUGUCCACUGAAGAAGCCAAUACUAAUAGUUUGCAGGAUGGAAGCAACACAAUGGAACAUGCCAUAUUCUCUGUCAUGAAGGUUGCGCUAUCAUGCAGCAAGCAUGCACCGACAGAGAGAAUGUGCAUCAGAGAUGCUGCUGCUGCGAUUCAGAGGAUAAGAGAUGGCUAUGUUAAAGCAAGACAAAAUGAGGGGGUUGUUACAGCUGCAUUUACCGCAAGGCAUUUUGCUGAAACAUCCAGGGCAGCCCCUUGA